AUGUGUCUCCCAAGACGCCGGUGCGAUUGCAACGACGACACUGGCCAUUCCGAUACCCAACCUAACCGCCGACGGGAAAAGGCACCAAAGUGCGCUCAGCGUCAACCACUCCCUAAGAAUUUAGGCAGAACCCCGACUCCAGCCAACCCCCAGACCAGCAAUGAAGAUGAAGAGAGCGGCGAUGUCGAGUAUGAGCCUAUUUCUAGUGACCCAUACUCCCUUUCAACCGGAAAUCCUCGCACAGACAACCCCGAGGUAAGUGAUACUGAUUCCAACAAAACUUCAUCUAGUGGUGACUUCCAUUCCGCCCCACCAAGAAACUCGCAUACAGGGAUUACUCCUGAGAUGAGUGAAGCCAGCCUUAGUGAGUCCCAGUAUCAUUCACUCCCAGAAGAGCGAUCUUUUCCAGCGAGCAUGCCUAGUACAGAUGAAUACGUCGACGAAGGGGGCUAUGAUGGAGCUGACGAGGGUAGUCUCGAUCUGAACCAAUUCGACGAAGAAAUGUACGAUGAAUCAAUAGAGCCCGAAGAAACCGGGUAUUCGGAUCAAUCAUGGUCAGUCAAUUCUAGUGAUCGGAGACGUCGACGGUCCAUUGAGAGUCAAGCCCGCGCCGAUGCUGAGUACAGGGGUCUCUUUGGAACCGGGAGUAGUAGCGGCAGCAGCAAACGACAGCGUCUUAAACACUCAUCCGACAUUUCAAGUGGGAGACAGAGGACUGGCGUCGAACCGACUGUAGAGGAUAUUACCAGGUACAGGAAUAUAGGAGCACAAUAUCAAGCAUGGAUAGACGACCCGGACGAGCCGAGGUGUCUAGUUCAACCGGCGACACUAACUAUAGAAGAGAUGGUUGACGAAACGCAGGCAUUGCCGUGGACAGUGCAUGAAUCUUACUAUACGGUCGAGCCGAUGGCAUUAGAAGGUGGGGAUGUGGAAUCGAUGAAUAUUGCUCGUGGUGGGCCGCGAUACCGCUAUACACACCUCCGACGAGAUCCGGGGCCGAACACGCACGAAGCUAAUGAAUUUGAACAUCGGGUUGCUCGGGGCAUUCUUGUUGCAGAGAGAAUUUAUAAGGAAGAUGGUCCUUAUUGGAGUGAGGUUGCUCGGGCUCAAUAUUUGCUUGAUUUUAACUUGAAGACUCUGAGACAUGUUUUGUUUACUGAUAUUGGGAAUGACGAAACAGCUCCUUAUAUACGCCAUGAACUAUACCCUCGAUUGGGUGUUAUGUGGUCACAGGCAAGAGAUGUUGAUUGUAUGGUAUUUAAGCAUGGUAGUGCUGAGUAUCAGGAGCUCCUUGGUACAAAAUUGGGUAAAGGCGUGGCUUGUCUUAUCCUUUCAUCCUUCCCUCGGGGAACAAUGAAGAUCACUGAGAUUGUUACUUGGUGUAAUACGCUCUUACCGCAGAUGAGGUUUGUGAUUGAACCUGUUAUUGCUGCGCCUGUCACUGGGGUUACAGCUGUAUGA